AUGUGUGUGUAUGUAUAUGUGUUUCCCAGCCAAGACCCUCUGGACAGAGCAGACUUCAAUGCAGUGGAGUACAUUAAUACCCUCUUUCCCACUGAGCAGUCUUUGGCAAACAUCGAUGAGGUCGUGAACAAAAUCAAAUUGAAAAUAAGGAGGCUGGAUGACAGCAUCCGAACCGUGGUGAGAGGACAGACCAACGUGGGGCAGGAUGGCAGGCAGGCUCUGGAAGAAGCCCAGAAAGCAAUUCAACAACUCUUUGGUAAAAUUAAGGAUAUUAAGGACAAGGCUGAAAAGUCAGAACAAAUGGUUAAAGAAAUCACGCGGGAUAUCAAGCAACUAGAUCACGCCAAGCGUCAUCUGACCACCUCCAUCACCACCCUCAACCACCUGCACAUGCUGGCGGGCGGUGUGGAUUCGCUGGAGGCCAUGACCAGAAGGAGACAGUAUGGGGAAGUUGCCAACCUUCUCCAAGGCGUCGUGAAUGUGUUAGAGCACUUCAACAAAUACAUGGGGAUUCCUCAAAUUCGACAGCUUUCUGAAAGGGUAAAGGCAGCGCAGAAUGAGUURGGACAGCAGAUCCUGGCUGACUUUGAAGAAGCCUUUCCUUCGCAGGGCACCAAGAGACCUGGUGGACCCAGCAAUGUCCUACGUGAUGCAUGUCUAGUUGCCAACGUCCUGGAUCCCAGAAUCAAACAGGAAAUCAUCAAGAAAUUUAUUAAGCAACACCUCUCAGAGUAUUUGGUCCUUUUCCAGGAAAACCAAGAUGUGGCCUGGCUGGAUAAGAUCGACAGGCGCUACGCAUGGAUCAAGCGGCAGCUCGUGGACUACGAGGAGAAGUACGGGCGCAUGUUCCCGCCGGAGUGGUACAUGACGGAGCGCAUCUCCGUGGAGUUCUGCCACAUCACCAGGACAGAGCUCACUAAGAUAAUGCGCACGAGAGCGAAGGAGAUCGAGGUGAAAUUGCUGCUCUUUGCCAUUCAGAGGACAACCAACUUCGAAGGACUUCUGGCAAAACGCUUCUCAGGUUGCACUCUGGGUGAUGGGACAGUGCAGAAAAAAACAGAAGUGCCACCUCCCUCCACCAACCCGUUUCUGGAGGAUGAAGCUGGAACAGAGACAGAUGAAAUUGUGAUUGAGAAAAGUGAUACGGACAGACCAAAGAAGCCAAAGGUCCCAGACAACCCUUUCCACGGCAUUGUUUCCAAGUGCUUUGAGCCUCACCUUUAUGUAUAUAUCGAAUCCCAGGACAAGAAUCUCGGCGAGCUCAUUGACAGGUUCGUGGCUGACUUCAAGGCUCAAGGGCCUCCCAAGCCCAACGUGGACGAAGGAGGAGCCGUCCUGCCCAGCUGCGCCGACCUCUUUGUUUACUACAAGAAGUGCAUGGUGCAAUGCUCGCAGCUCAGCACCGGCGAGCCCAUGAUAGCCCUCACCACCAUAUUCCAGAAGUACCUUCGGGAAUACGCCUGGAAAAUUCUGUCUGGAAACCUGCCCAAGACAAGCAGCAGCAGCGGUGGACUCACCAUCACCAGCCUGCUGAAAGAAAAGGAAGGCUCUGAAGUGGCAAAAUUCACUUUUGAAGAACUCUGUCUCAUUUGCAGCAUCCUUAGCACGGCCGAGUACUGCUUGGCAACCACGCAGCAGCUGGAGGAGAAGCUCAAAGAAAAAGUGGAUGCAAGUCUAAUGGAAAGAAUCAACCUGACAGGAGAGAUGGACACUUUCAGCAUCGUGAUCUCCAACAGCAUCCAGCUGUUAGUGCAGGACCUGGAUGCAGCCUGCGACCCUGCCCUCACUGCUAUGAGCAAGAUGCAGUGGCAGAAUGUGGAACAUGUCGGUGACCAGAGUCCUUAUGUCACCUCGGUGAUUCUUCACAUCAAACAGAACGUCCCCAUCAUCCGCGACAACCUGGCCUCCACUAGGAAGUACUUCACUCAGUUCUGUAUUAAAUUUGCAAACUCCUUCAUUCCCAAGUUCAUCAACCAUCUAUUCAAAUGCAAGCCCAUCAGCAUGGUGGGAGCAGAGCAGCUGCUGCUGGACACUCACUCUCUGAAGAUGGUUCUCCUGGACCUGCCUUCCAUCGGAUCCCAGGUGGUGAGGAAGGCUCCGGCCAGCUACACCAAGAUCGUGGUGAAGGGCAUGACUCGGGCUGAAAUGAUCCUCAAGGUGGUGAUGGCUCCGCAUGAGCCCCCGGUCGUGUUUGUGGACAAUUACAUCAAACUCCUGGCCGACUGCAGCACCGACACUUUCCAGAAGAUACUGGACAUGAAGGGCCUGAAGAGGAGCGAGCAGAGCAGCAUGUUGGAGCUGUUCCGCCAGCGCCUCCCGGCACCCGCCUCCGGCGCCGAGAACCCCGGCUCCCUGGCGCUGAGCGCCCCCACGCCAGAGCAGGAGUCCUCUCGGAUACGGAAACUGGAGAAACUCAUCAAAAAAAGGCUCUAAGUGAGCGCAGGAGGAAAAAAAUGUUGCUCAGGACUAGCUGUGGUCACUGGGAGCAAAGCUCUUCAGACUUCUUAUUUACACUAUGCUGCUGAAAAAAUCAGUGUCUGGUCACUCCUAUGCCUUGUGUAACCAUUGGAGACUGUGGCACUGCAUCUCCCUCCGGGCCACGGGAGAACCUGACCAAGGUCUUUGCCCUGUCGAUAGCUUAGAGUGAGUGAAACCAAGGACAGCACCAGGGCCACGUGAUGGGCAAAAUGAAGGUACCUGGAAGCCCUCAGCUCUGAGCACGGUCGGGUGGGUUAUCCAGUCAGAAUAUCUGGCUGGGAUACACUUGGUGUUGUGUCAGCCUGGCUGAGCGUUGCCACUGCAGCACUAAGGAUUUUCUCUGAGAGUUUGGCGUUCGCUGCUCCCUGUUGCA